AUGACAGCAGACGAGUUGGUUUUCUUUGUGAAUGGCAGAAAGGUGGUGGAGAAACAUGCAGACCCAGAAACAACCCUCCUGGCCUAUCUGAGAAGAAAGAUGGGGCUCAGCGGGACCAAGCUGGGCUGCGGAGAAGGGGGCUGCGGAGCGUGCACCGUGAUGCUGUCCAAGUACGAUCGGCUCCAGAACAAGAUCGUCCACUUCUCGGCCAACGCCUGCCUGGCGCCCAUCUGCUCCUUGCACCACAUGGCAGUGACGACAGUGGAAGGGAUUGGAAACACCAAGACAAGGUUGCACCCCGUGCAGGAGCGGAUCUCCAAGAGCCAUGGCUCACAGUGUGGGUUCUGCACCCCCGGCAUAGUCAUGAGCAUGUACACGCUGCUCCGGAACCAGCCUGAGCCCACCAUCGAGGAGAUUGAAGACGCCUUCCAAGGGAACCUGUGCCGCUGCACUGGCUACAGACCCAUCCUCCAGGGGUUCCGGACCUUCGCCAAGGACGGCGGGUGCUGUGGAGGCAAGGGCGACAAUCCUAACUGCUGCAUGAACCAAAAGAAAGAUGACACGAAGAUGACACUCUCGCCAUCUCUAUUCAAUCCUGAGGAAUUCCAGCCGCUGGAUCCCACCCAGGAGCCCAUCUUUCCCCCGGAGUUGCUGAGGCUGAAAGACACCUCCCAGAAGCAGCUGCGCUUUCAAGGGGAGCGUGUGACCUGGAUCCAGGUGUCCACUCUGGAAGAGCUGCUGGAGCUGAAAGGGAAGCACCCUGACGCCAAGCUGGUGGUGGGGAACACGGAGGUCGGUGUUGAGAUGAAGUUCAAGAACAAGCUGUUCCCGAUAAUUAUCUGCCCAGCCUGGGUGCCGGAGCUGAAUGCCGUGGAACACGGACCUGAGGGGAUCUCCUUUGGGGCCGCUUGCUCCCUGAGCUCGGUGGAGAAGAUCCUGACAGAUGCAGUGAUCCAACUUCCUGCCUAUAAGACAGAGGUGUUCCGGGGGGUCCUGGAGCAGCUGCGCUGGUUCGCGGGGAAGCAGGUCAAGUCAGUAGCGUCCAUUGGGGGAAACAUCAUCAAUGCCAGCCCCAUCUCUGACCUCAACCCUGUGUUCAUGGCUAGCAGGGCCAAGCUGACCAUCAUAUCCAAAGGUACCAAGAGAACACUGCAGAUGGACCAAAACUUCUUCCCUGCCUACAGGAAGACACAGCUGGGUCCUGAGGAGAUCCUGCUCUCCAUUGAGAUCCCCUACAGCAGGGAGGGUGAGUUCUUCUCGGCAUUUAAGCAGGCCUCCCGCCGAGAAGAUGACAUCGCCAAAGUCACUUGUGGCAUGAGAGUCCUGUUCCAGCCAGGGACCUUGGAGGUCAAGGAGCUGGCGCUUUGCUAUGGUGGGAUGGCUGACCGGACCCUGGCUGCCUUGAAGACCUCACAAAGACAACUGACAAGGUCCUGGAACGAGCAGCUAUUGCAGGAAGUGUGCGCCAGCCUGGCGGAGGAGCUGCAGCUGUCCCCCAGUGCCCCUGGCGGCAUGGUGGAGUUUCGACGUACCCUCACGCUCAGCUUCUUCUUCAAGUUCUACCUGACGGUGCUUCAGAAGCUGGGCAAGGGGGACACAGAGGAUAAAUGUGACAAACUGGACCCCACUUAUGCCAGUGCCACAUUACUCUUUCACAAAGACCCUCCGGCCAACGUCCAGCUCUUCCAGGAGGUGCCCAAAGACCAGCCAGAGGAGGACAUGGUGGGCCGUCCCCUGCCCCACCUGGCCGCUGCCCUGCAGGCCUCUGGGGAGGCCGUGUACUGUGAUGACAUCCCUCGCUAUGACAAUGAGCUGUCUCUCCGUCUGGUCACCAGCACGCGGGCACACGCCAAGAUCAAGUCUAUAGAUUUCUCAGAAGCCCAAAAGGUGCCAGGCUUCCACAGAUUUCUCUCUGCUGAUGAUAUUCCUGGAAGUAAUAAAACUGGGAUAGCUAAUGAUGAAACAAUCUUCGCAAAGGAUGAGGUGACUUGCGUUGGGCAUAUCAUCGGUGCUGUGGUUGCUGACACCCCGGAACAUGCACAAAGAGCUGCCCUAGCAGUGAAAAUCACCUAUGAAGAUCUCCCAGCCAUUAUCACAAUGGAGGAAGCAAUAAAAAACAAUUCCUUUUAUGGACCUGAGCUGAAGAUUGAGAAGGGUGACCUCAAGAAGGGCUUCUCUGAGGCAGAUAACGUGGUUUCAGGUGAAUUGUACAUUGGGGGACAGGAGCACUUCUAUCUGGAGACACACUGCACCAUUGCUGUGCCCAAAGGGGAGGAGGGGGAGAUGGAGCUCUUUGUGUCCACGCAGAAUACCACGAAGACCCAGGGUUUCGUUGCAAAAAUGUUGAACGUCCCAGAAAACCGGAUUGUGGUCCGCGUGAAGAGAAUGGGAGGAGGCUUUGGAGGGAAAGAGACCAGGAGCACCGUGGUUUCCACAGCCGUGGCCCUGGCCGCACAUGUGACUGGCCGCCCAGUGCGCUGCAUGCUGGACCGGGAUGAAGAUAUGCUGAUAACUGGUGGCAGGCAUCCCUUCCUGGCUAAAUACAAGGUUGGCUUCAUGAAGACAGGGAAGAUCGUGGCUCUGGAGGUGGAGCACUUCAGCAACGCAGGAAACACCUUGGACCUCUCUCAGAGUAUCAUGGAACGUGCCCUAUUCCACAUGGACAACUGCUAUAAAAUCCCCAACAUCCGGGGCACUGGGAGACUGUGCAAGACCAACCUGCCCUCCAAUACUGCGUUCCGGGGCUUUGGGGGUCCUCAGGGAAUGCUCAUUGCUGAGUACUGGAUGAGUGACGUCGCGGUGACCUGCGGGCUGCCUGCUGAGGAAGUGCGAAGGAAGAACAUGUAUCAAGAAGGAGACCUGACACACUUCAACCAGAAACUGGAGGGGUUCACCUUGCCCAGGUGCUGGGAGGAGUGCUUGGCCAGCUCGCAGUACCAGGCUCGGCGCAGCGAGGUGGACAAGUUUAACAAGGAGAAUUGUUGGAAAAAGAGAGGCUUAUGCAUAAUUCCGACCAAGUUUGGGAUAAGCUUCACCCUUUCCUUCCUGAAUCAGGCUGGAGCCCUGGUGCACGUGUACACGGAUGGUUCUGUGUUGCUGACACACGGGGGCACGGAGAUGGGCCAAGGCCUGCACACCAAGAUGGUCCAGGUGGCCAGCAAAGCUCUGAAAAUACCCACCUCUCUGAUCUACAUCAGCGAGACCAGCACAAACACAGUGCCUAACACCUCUCCCACCGCAGCCUCUGUCAGCACCGACAUCAAUGGACAAGCUGUCUAUGCAGCAUGUCAGACCAUUCUCCAGAGGCUAGAGCCCUUCAAGAAAAAGAACCCCAAAGGCUCCUGGAAAGACUGGGUUUUAGAUGCCUACCAGAAUGCCGUGAGCUUGUCUGCUACUGGGUUUUACAAAACACCCAACCUGGGCUACAGCUUUGAGACUAACUCCGGAAAUCCCUUCCACUACUUCAGCUAUGGGGUGGCUUGCUCUGAAGUAGAGAUUGACUGCCUGACAGGGGAUCAUAAGAACCUUCGCACAGACAUUGUGAUGGACGUGGGCUCCAGCCUGAACCCUGCCAUCGACAUUGGACAGGUGGAGGGGGCGUUUGUCCAGGGCCUUGGCCUCUUCACCCUGGAGGAGCUGCACUACUCCCCGGAAGGGUCCCUGCACACCCGUGGCCCCGGCACCUACAAGAUCCCUGCCUUUGGCAGCAUCCCCACGGAGUUCCGGGUGUCCCUGCUCCGGGACUGCCCCAACAAGAAGGCCAUCUAUGCCUCCAAGGCUGUUGGGGAGCCGCCCCUCUUCCUGGCUUCGUCCAUCUUCUUCGCCAUCAAGGACGCCAUCCGCGCGGCCCGAGCUCAGCACAUGGACUGUCACGCCAGUGAGCUUUUCCAGCUUGACAGCCCUGCCACGCCAGAGAAAAUUCGGAAUGCCUGCAAGGACAAGUUCACGGACCUGUGCAUCACCGCGGUGUCAGAAAACCACCAGCCCUGGUCUCGGAGGUUGGAAACCGCUGCCUCUCAAAGCUGGGUGCUGCUGCUUUUCAAGGGUGAAAACAGUAAGAUUUGUGACAGGUGCGCUGUGGUAACACAGAGGAAGCUAGAAGAGGAGGGAAGAGUGUCACGCACAGACUGUGGCCACGGCUCAUCGAGGCCCAUGGAGCUGCGGCUGUGCCUGGCGUGGAUGCUGCUACUGGGCUUGGGGAAUAUACAGGGCCCAGCUUUUUCUGAGACCUCAACAGAAAAGGAAAAUUGGCCAAAGCAAGUAGACUUUGAAAAUGACUGGAAGUUAAUCAAUGUGUUCAUCAGUAAUGCAAAUGAGUGUUAUUUGUGUCCAGCUCACGGCAUGAACAGAUUUGUGACCAGUGCCAUGAAAAAGCUGAGAAAAACCCUGGAGUACCUGUAUCAGGAGGUUCCUCGAUCAUUUGUAAACCUGGUAGAUCUCACUGAUACUCAGGAGUUCUCUGCCUUGCCUAAUAUUUGGACACGGAGCAGCAACAAAACAAAGUCCUGCAGGUGUUCAGAGAAAUCGGUCCAAUAUAAAGCUUUUGCACAACGGUCCUAUCAGGUGAGCUUUCUCUGGGACACUGAUGGCUGGCUUAAAGAUGCUGGUGUCGUGGAGCAGAUCGGGGAUGGGAGCCCCAUGAUACCGAGGAGCAGCAACAUGGUUGUCCUGGCAUGUCCUAAAUUAAGUGUGGAAGUGAUGGAGCAGUCACUGCAAGACUCCAAAGAACUGGGAGUGCACCUCUGGAAUGAAAUGGAACACCCCUACCUGUUCACCUACAGGAACAGCAACUAUAAGCCCAGGUGGUCUUUAUCCUACCCUGCAUUAACGCUCAAACAAGUGCCAAUCGAGUGCCCUAAAGAGAAGCCCUCCAGGACUGUUCCCUUGUCAGUUCACAAAUUGAAGCCAUCUGACAUCAAGGUAGUUGCAGCUGUGGGUGACUCUCUCACGGAAGCUUCUGGGACCUGGUACCAACCUGAGGACUUCAACAGUGCCUCAAAUGAGUAUCAAGGCUUGUCGUGGAGCAGCAGACGUGAAGAUGAGGCCCUGGAAAAUGUCAUCACUUUGACCAGUGAGUAUCAGCCUCUCCCUAAUUUCAUUAGAGAAAUUCUUGUGAAUCUUAAGUUUGUCCCUGAUAUCCUUCGACACUUCAACUCUAAACUGACAGGCUACUUUCUUGGCCAUGGAAGCAAAUACAGUGCUGGAGCCAGACUGAAGGAGGCUGUGUCAGGAGUCAACUCGAUGGAUAUGUUCACCCAGGUCACAGAGAUGAUCAGAAAUAUGAAACAUGACAAGCUCACCUUUAGUCCUGAAAAGUUCCAAAACAACAUUCAGCGUGCACUGGACAUCCUUCAUAAAGAGGUUCCCAGAAUGAUUGUGAAUGUGGUAUCACCACUGGAGAUCAUCAGCCUGAGGGCGAUAUAUAAGGAGACAGGAAACAAUUGCCCUCAAGAUCAACUAAUGAAGUUGUGUCCCUGUGUCAUGAAGUAUGAAGAAGGUUCUAAAGAACUUGCUCAAGUUGCUACGUAUAAUAAGAAGUAUCAGGAGCUGGUUGAGGUGAUGGUGUACAGCAGACGCUAUGACACUAGGGGUGACUUCACUGUGGUCCUACAGCCAUUCUUUGAGAGGUUUGAAUUGCCCAGGACUGAGCUGGAACCUGUAGGACAGAAGUCAAGGCAGCAUAAUUUCACAGGUGAUAUUGUUUUCACAUGCCCAACACAGAAUCUUGGGACAAGUUUAUCAUGCUCAAACAGGAGCCCUUCUGCACAGACACCCACCUCAGCAAUAGGUGAAGAUGUCGUCGUUGACAACAUUGACAAGAAAUACGAUCAACUAGUUUAG